GUUGGGCUUGAGAAGGUGGACCUAGAAGGAGGCAGCAGAGAACCCACUGAAGGUCGUGUGGAGCUGUGGGAAGCCAAUGAAAAUGAAGGGUCUCCCGGUCCUGCUGUGGCUGUGCAUGGCUGUGUGCUCGUCCUACCCAUUGCAUGACAGUGCAAGAGAUGAUGAUGCUGGCAUGGAGCUUCUGCAGAAAUACCUAGAAAACUACUAUGGCCUUGCAAAAGAUGUGAAGCAAUUUACUAAGAAAAAGGACAGUAGCCCUGUUGUCAAAAAAAUUCAAGAAAUGCAGAAGUUCCUCGGGCUGGAGAUGACAGGGAAGCUGGACUCUAACACUAUGGAGCUGAUGCACAAGCCCAGGUGUGGCGUUCCCGAUGUUGGUGGCUUCACUACCUUUCCAGGUUCACCAAAAUGGAGGAAAACCCACAUCACCUACAGGAUUGUGAAUUAUACACCGGAUUUGCCAAGAGAGAGUGUGGAUUCUGCCAUUGAGAAAGCUUUGAAGGUCUGGGAGGAGGUGACCCCACUCACCUUCUCCAGGAUCUCUGAAGGAGAGGCUGACAUAAUGAUCUCCUUUGCAGUUGGAGAACAUGGAGACUUUGUCCCUUUUGAUGGGCCUGGAACAGUCUUGGCUCAUGCCUAUGCACCUGGACCAGGGAUUAAUGGAGAUGCUCACUUUGACGAUGAUGAACGAUGGACAGAGGAUGUCACUGGUACCAACCUAUUCCUGGUUGCUGCUCAUGAACUUGGCCAUUCCCUGGGUCUCUUUCACUCAGCCAAAGCUGAAGCUUUGAUGUACCCAGUCUACAAGUCCUCCACAGACCUGUCCCGUUUCCAUCUCUCUCAAGAUGAUGUGGAUGGUAUCCAGUCCCUCUAUGGAACUCCCACAGCAUCCCCUGAUGUCCUCGCGGUACCCACCACAUCUAACCCUCUGGAACCUGAGGCAUCACCAAUGUGCAGCUCUACUUUGUCCUUUGACGCAGUCAGCACCCUGCGGGGAGAAGUCUUGUUUUUUAAAGACAGGCAUUUUUGGCGCAAAUCUCUCAGGACCCCUGAGCCUGGCUUUUAUUUGAUCUCUUCAUUUUGGCCGUCCCUUCCUUCCAACAUGGAUGCUGCAUAUGAGGUUACUAACAGAGAUAUUGUUUUCAUUUUUAAAGGAAAUCAGUUCUGGGCUAUCCGAGGGCACGAAGAACUAGCAGGUUAUCCUAAGAGCAUUCACACUCUGGGUCUCCCUGCAACCUUGCAGAAGAUUGAUGCUGCCAUUUCUAUUAAGGAGAAAAAGAAGACCUACUUCUUUGUAGAGGACAAAUACUGGAGAUUUGAUGAGAAGAAACAAUCCAUGGAGCCAGGAUUUCCCAGGAAAAUAGCUGAGGACUUUCCAGGCGUUGACUCAAAGGUGGAUGCUGUCUUUGAAGCGUUUGGGUUUCUCUACUUCUUCAGUGGAUCUUCACAGUUGGAGUUUGACCCAAAUGCAAAGAAAGUGACCCACAUAUUGAAGAGCAACAGCUGGUUUAAUUGUUAAAAGAUAUUCAAGAAAGGCAUCGUGUGUUUUAACUGACAUUUAUAGUUCUUCAUCUGAGUCUUUGUGAAUGGAAGUGGUGUGCUCAGCUCGUGCUAUGGCAGAACCAAGCGGGAGCUGUGGAUGACACCAGUCAACCUCAAGUUGUCAAAGGGCAUUCAGAAGCACUGCUUAGCUUACCCUGUGACCCAAGGAGAGGAGGGAAGGCACUCCUGAGCCACAGACUAGUGACCGUCUCUGUGUAGAUGGUUUGUUUUAUUUAAUAAAGAUGGUAUGUCAUUUAUU